AUGGAGGCUUUAGCAGCCGUCGGGCUUGCCAGCUCCAUCGCCCAGUUUCUCGACUUUGGUGUCAAAGUCUUCAAUGCGACCAGAGAAGUUGCGGCAAAUGGCUCAGGAGCCUCUGUCAUACACUUGAGCAAGAUGUCGGCCGAUUUAGAAAAGAUCGGGACUGGUUUGUUCGAAUAUUAUCGCCCUCUCGAGAAGAAGCCUUUGACGACCGAAGAGAGAGGCUUGAUUGAGGUGGCUCAGCAGUGCAGAGCUAUCUCGGACGAAAUACAAGAGUACAUCGCUGGUCUGGUUUUAAAUCAGAAGACCGAAAAUCCCGGUUCUCAGGCGGAAAACAGCGAGGCUAAAGAGAAAGAUACCGGUCACUCUGGGACAGGCGUAAAUAAGAAUGGCCUAGUACCUGUCGAAGCCAAUAACGAGGCGGGUAGACACACGGACCCGUCCCUCGAGCCCCAAAUCCGGGCUGCCAAGGAGAGUGUUAGAGCAAGGUUGAACAGAGCAAAGAUAGCUCUCAAAACGACAUGGAAGAAGGGCGAGAUCGAGGACCUGAGGAAGCGACAUGACGACUUUCGAUCUCAGCUGGCGCUUCGGCUGUUGUUCGUUCUCAAUACCUACCAGAUGCGUCAGUCGGAGACACUCGAGGAUAUCCGCGGCAAAAGCGACGAGAUAAUAGAGGCUGUUGCCCUUCAUUCGCAAGACUGUCUGGCCAAUCCGGAUGUCAUGGCUGCCAUCCUGACGACCCGUGGCAGCAGGCAACCUACAAUUCUCGCCCACCCAGCUUCAGUCGCUGCAUUCCCAUCGUCAAAGUUACAACCGAACAACAUCAACGUCGCCAACUCUAUCCACGAUGAUAUUCUUAAAGAUACCAAAUGGUCGCAGUAUCAAUCUUCCACGAACUUCACCAAUGAAGGGACGACAGGCCUGGCUGGCUUCUCGACACAGGCCACUAAAGACUGCAGCAAGGUCCUCCUGGACGCGUUGCAUUUUCGUGGUAUUUAUCAGAGACAAGAAGAAAUUUCGCCCGUCCAUGCUAAAACCUUCAACUGGAUUCUAGAGCCGAAAAAACCCGGCGCGGACGACGGGCUGCUAGAGUGGCUAUCUCAGGAUUCCGGCUGCUUUUGGGUUUCGGGUAAAGCUGGGUCUGGUAAGUCAUCCCUGCUCAAAUACGUGCUUGGAGAGAAGCGCUUCCAUGAUGCCGUUCAGACUUGGGCCUGUUCCAGAGGCGACGCACAACUUUCACUGGGGACCUUUUACUUCUGGUACGCCGGGACGCCUCUCCAGAAGUCGCAUAUUGGCCUCCUUCGAGGGUUACUUUUCCAGAUACUCACUGCGCGGCCUGGACUGGACCUGCGACUAUUCCCAGACGUCUGCCGUGAGAUUCUCACUGACCAGAUUCGUGGAGCUCUCGAUCUAUCAGGGGUAGAGCUAAAGCUCGCAUUCAGCCGGCUCGUGGACGUGAUUCCUGCCGAUAUGCGAAUCUGCUUUGUUGUCGACGGGCUAGAUGAGUAUGCUGGAGAUCUGAAUGAGCUGUGUGACUUGUUCAAUCAGGCUACGCAGUCAUCUUCGAUAAAAAUUCUGCUAUCGAGCAGGCCCAUCCCUGUGUGCUGCGAGAGAUUCGCCACAUGCCCACAACUGUGUCUCCAGGACCUUACCGGCCCGGACAUACUCAAAUAUGUCGAGGAUCACCUCUACAGCAAUUCUAUCUUGAACGACAUGGAAGAGGUAGAAGUGGGUAUUACCGCCAAACUCAUCGACAUUAUUACUACACGGGCCUGCGGCGUAUUCCUCUGGGUCGUGCUGGUAAUCCGCAUUCUCACACGGCAACUACAAGACUAUGACUCGGUCCCGGAGAUGCUCCAGGAGAUCAACAAUCUUCCAGCGGACCUCGAAAAGCUCUACGAUAGAAUGCUUGGCGCUAUCGAUUCAAAAUAUCGCGUACAGAGCUCGAAAUAUCUACAACUUUCCAUCCUGAGCCUCAGCUUCGGUGAAGAAUAUCCCAUGACAGCCGUUCAGUUGUACUUUGCCGAGGAUGAAGAUUACGAUAGGGUCUUCUCCAAGCCUAUAAAACCUCUGGCGGACAGGACUAUCAGAUGGAUCAAUAAGUCGAUUGAAGGCCGUCUGCGGAGUCGCUGCUGCGGGCUGCUGGAGGUUCAGAGACUAGAUGGGGGAAACCAGGUACAUCACGAGGCAUACUCCGUCGUGGGAUUUCUCCACCGUACCGUCGUCGAGUUCCUCCAACUCGACCCCAAUUGGCAGAAAAUCCAGGCCCUCACCACGGAUACCAAGUUUGACCCAGAGCAUGCCUUGCUCUCGUCUGCGCUAGCCGAGCUGCAGUUGAUUCCUUCCCCAGUCAGCAACGAAGGUUACAUAGAGAAGAAAUACCACUCAGGACUGACCAGGUUAUUUAUCUACGAGAAGAACAUCUCCGAGCCUCUGAGCCAAAAGUUCCACCAGCGGUAUCUACCAGAACUCGACAGACUCCUACCCAAGUCUGGCGUGGACGACCCCUUAGCGGGCAAUUCUGAGCGCGACGCCAUCAUCCGCGGCUCAUGCGAUCAUGGCUGUUCUCGCCUAGAACUAGAUACUAGAGCCAAAUUAUUCAUGCGCUGCGCCUUCAGCGCGCCUCUCUGGUACCUACCCGUGCUGAUGAAUAUCGAUCACCCAUCCCAGCAGCGCGUUCCGCGGGAAGUCUACCUCCUCAUCCAUUACAUCGAAGAGAAGGAUGGGCUCGUCCGUCAACACAUAGUCGAGGCUUUGUCAGUCGUAAAAUUCUCUGUGUCUGAUCCCGUUCAGCUAGCGCCGCAGCUAGCGCCGCUUUGGACAGACCGGUGGCACAGCUCUGGUGCCAUCUGCUGGACACCGUGGACAUUUGUGCUCCGGUACAUCCAGGCUAUCAUAACCUCGUGGAACCCUCCGGACUUUUUCAAUUUUGAAAACCCCCGCAUCGUGCUAGCCCUCCUAGACCUAGCGUUACUGAUGCUAAAUCUCGGAGCGGAUGUUAAGACCAACCUUAUUAUGAAGCAAGAUGCGAAUUCUCUGCUCAACCACCUCUUGAGUGCUAUUCACUUUAACGCUCAGUUUUACUCAGAUAGGUAUGGGCUGUACAGGGAGGAGAUUUUCAGAAAGUGUGAUGAUGUUCAGCGACAUCUUACGCACGAACAGUCUCGUGAGGUGCAUGAAUCUCUGGAGCAGUCAUCAGAAGUGCCUGAUGUUCCAUACAAUCAACCCCUUGUCCUUCAGUUGGAGGGGGUGGGGACAUGGCAGUGGGUAACAUCGUGGGUGUCUUGGAUAAGAUGA